GUAGUUAGACUCCCGAGUUUCCGUACUAGUUUCCGAGUGUUCAAAGUGUCCGGCAUUUUUGCUUUCUCUUCCAGUGCAAAAUUAGUCAAAUAAUGUCGGUUCAAGCGACAAACCCAAACAAUCCUAUUGUUUUCUUCGACAUUACAAUCGGAGGACAGGAUGUGGGGCGGAUGAAGGUUGAACUCUUUGCUGAUGUUGUCCCAAAGACGGCAGAGAAUUUCCGGCACUUCUGCACUGGAGAGUUCCGGAAAGACGGUGUCCCUAUUGGUUUCAAAGGCUGCACAUUCCACAGAGUGAUCAAAGAUUUUAUGAUCCAAGGAGGUGACUUUGUGAACGGUGACGGUACUGGUAUCUGCAGCAUCUACAGAGGUCCAUUUGCCGAUGAAAACUUUCGGGUGAAGCAUUCUGGGCCUGGUCUUCUGUCCAUGGCAAACAGUGGUCCAGGGACAAAUGGUUGCCAGUUUUUCAUAACCUGCACUAAAUGUGACUGGUUAGAUGGAAAACAUGUCGUUUUUGGUAAAGUCGUGGAUGGAUUGCUGAUCAUGAGAAAGAUUGAGAAUGUUCCUACGGGACCCAACAACAAGCCCAAGCUCCCAAUCCUCAUUGCACAGUGUGGAGAGAUGUGAGGGGAAAAUGGUUCUGAACACAUGUAUUAUAGUACGUCCCAUUUGUUGACUGAUAAACUCACCCUGCAUAAUGCGUCUAAUGCAUAGCAUCUAAUUCCACACUGUGUGUAAAACCCAAAGAUUCAGCCCCAUUUUGUGUCAUGAAUGGAAAAUAAAUUUUUACUUUUUUUUAAAAAUA